GAACAUCAUGAUAAUGAGUGUCCAGGAUACCCAGUUGCUUGUGACAAAUGUGGAAGAGAUGACAUUCUUCGGGGACAGUUGCAAGAUCAUCAGAACCCUAUUUUGGGAGACUGCGAAGGAGUAGAAGGACCAUGCCCAUUUUCACAAAUUGGUUGUUCCAAGAAAGAGGUCAUGAGCCAGCGAGACAAAAAAAAGCAUCUGGAAAAAGCAAGUGCCCACCACACGUCUUUGCUUCUCCAUUUUGCACUCCGGCUGAGCAGCGAAUUGGAAACCUUUUUGAAACGUGAUCUUUCGGCCGUGUCUAGAAGUCCUCAACUAUUGACAAACUAUGAUAGUGUGAUCCAAGAUAUUCUCGGUCAGUUGCAAAUUGGCACAGAGGAAACAAGAAACCAGCAAAGUACAUUAAGAGAACAGAGUGAACGAAUAACCUCUUUAGAGAGAAAGAUGGCUUCGCUCAACAAUUCAGGGGCGGCGUUAUCCUCCCAACGUCUUCCUGAUUCUGACGCAGGUUUGCCCGCUAACGAGAUCACCCGGAGACUAACCAGUCUUGAACACAGAACCGCUGAUCAUGAAGUGUUGUUGGUGGAAAAUAAUCGCUCCAUAGAGGACGCAAGGCGUGAUAUGGGACCCCUUUGA